AUGGCACCCGACGCCACGGGUCUCCAACCUGGAUGCGCAUACCGCGUCGGCCUCCUGGAGUACACCCUGGAGAAGGCUUGGUUCUGCCAGUUUUGCGUUGGCAUUUUGAUCUGCGUCAACAAUGGUGCUUGCUUCUGCUUUUCCAUCUUCAGUCCGUUCUUGAAGGGCGAGGGUUUCAGGUACAGCCAGUUUGAGAUCGAUGCCGUCUCCACUGUCGGAGUCCUCCUCAGCUACUUUUCGAUGCCGACUGGCUUCUUGUAUGACCGCAAAGGCCCAACCGUCACGUUGCUCGUCGGAACAGCGCUCAACAUCACAGGCUGGGCAGGCAUGUACAUGAUUUUCAGCGAUGUGCUCUCCCACAGCGCGGUUGUCAUGGCGAUCUUCUACGGUCUGUCGCAGCUCUCCGCAAGCUUCUAUGAGACUAGCAGCAUACUCACUAACUUGAGGUCCUUCUCCUGCUACCAAGGGCGCGUCAUUCUGAUUCAGAAGACCUUCAUGGGUCUUGGCAGCUCCCUCGUGGCGCAGGUCUACAUCGCCUUCUUUGAAAAGAACUUUCCCGGCAUCGCGCCCUUCUUCAUCUUUCUAUUGUUGUACUCCGCCUUUGCGGGGACUUUGGGUGUGCUGUAUUUGCAUCUACCGACAACUGCGACGCGCUGUGUUGGCAUCAACAUCGAAGACGCCGACACUCGCGCUCGCGGUGGUGGCGAGCCGCGCAUGUUCGCGCUCCCCUUCAACAUCGGCACCUCCAUCCUCUGCUUCAGUGUGACCUUCGUCUUACUCACCUCGCUUGUAGAAAACUACGUUCAUCCCUUGAGGAAUGAAUGGCGCAUGGCCAUCGGGUUUGCCACGGUUGGCCUCUGCGCCUCCUUCACUGCCAUGAUCUUCGCCACACCGAACUACGAAGUGAACCGACGCCCCAGUGCAGGCGAAGCAGGCAUCGGCGGCGUCGACGACGCGGUGCCAACCUUGGGGGCACCCGCGGUUGUCUUCCCGCCAACGGCAGCGACGGUCGGCAGUGUCGCUGCCAUGGCCAUGGAGGAUGUCCGCUGCUCCACUGUGAAGGACAAUCUUGACGCAUGCGUUGUGUCGACGGUUGAGGCGGCUCCCCCUGAUGGAGUGAAGGAUCAAUCGACGAUCACAGCGAUGCUUGACCCAGUCGUUCCAGAAGUACCGCCCGUGCGACCCAGUGUCGCAGGUGAAGACUUCCAGGAAGACGUUGGGACGCUAAACUAUAAACCCUUGUGGGAAAACCUACGGCACCGCGAGCUGUGGUUACUGUGGUUUGUCUGCUUUGGGGCGUGGAGUGCCAUGACGGUGGUGUCGUCUAACAGCACCCACAUCUACCAAGCUAUCGCACGCAGCUCCUUCUCUCUCACAGUCAACACCGUUUUUGUGUCGAUCUACGGCGUGGCGAGCGCGGUGGGUCGCAUCCUUGUCGGCGCUCUGUAUCCACAUAUGGCACGGAGGCGAAUCCACGUGGCAGCGCUGCUGCUGGUCGCACCGGUCCUGAAUGCUGUCGGACUGCCGCUCUUCCUCAUCUGCCCAGAUCGUGUCCUGUUUGUGCCGUUUUUUGUGGUCGGCCUCGGCGUAGGUUUCUCGUGGGGGAGUACGGUACUCAUCGUCACGUCCGUCUUCACCUCGUCGAACUGCGGCAAGCAUUACAGCUUUCUCUAUACUGCGGGCAUGCUUUCACCGCUCAUCUUCAAUAUGGCGCUCUUCGGCCCCGUGUACGAUCAUUACCAAGCAAAGCAGGGCCACGGAAAGGAUGGCUUCUGCGAGGGCGUGAUAUGCAUCACUGUGCCGUUGAUAGUCUGCAUGGUCGUGAACAUAUUUGCUCUGAUGGCGGCAUACGCGUUUUACAAGUCCAUCACACGCGUCGCUAGACCGGUACCCACAGCUUAG